ACCCCUAACUCUGCUUCGAGGGCAUUUGAUUUUGCUCCGAGGCUGCUCCAUCGAGCUCCCCUCAUUGUUGUCUCCGACUCCAGCUAUGGCUCCUCCUUUGAAGGUUGCCAACCCGCAGGCGACGAAGGCAUCGAAGGCUGCGAAAGCGCUCAAGACUACCACCAAGCCGGUGAAGAAGCUAUGGAGGAAGGUGCGCACCUCUGUUACGUUCCAUCGUCCCAAGACCCUCAAGCGCGCCAGAGCGCCCAAGUACCCUCGCCUUAGCGCACCCAACCGUAACAAGCUCGACCACUACGAGGUGCUCAAGUACCCACUCACCACGGAGUCCGCGAUGAAGAAGAUUGAGGACAACAACACUUUGGUUUUCAUCGUGGAUGUGCGCGCCGACAAGAAGAAGAUCAAAGAGGCCGUCAAGAAGAUGUACGACAUUCAGACCAAGAAGGUCAAUACUUUGAUCAGGCCUGAUGGAGCCAAGAAGGCUUACGUGAGACUGACAGCAGAUUAUGAUGCGCUUGAUGUGGCCAACAAGAUCGGUAUCAUAUAAAUUUUCUGUUCAAUUUUGUAAUCAUCUUAAUCUAAAGGCUUCGUUCCAUUUCCGGCUUAGUGACGUCUUUUCUUCCCCUCACUUUCUUUUUUGAUAAGCUCAGUUAUUGGUUUCCGAAAGAUUUGAAACCUGUAUUCCUGCAAGGUUUGCAAAUGAAAAAUGCGAGUUACUCAGA